AUCUAAGCUUGGGCUUCCAUAUUUUGUCAUCUUCACAAGUCAAGGGUUAUUAAUUCGUUACCUCGAAGCAUAAAAUGCGUCGUGAAUGUCUUACAACAGAUGACGUCAUCUCUACUCCCUCCCUAAAUGUGACCAGGCCCUGGAGAGCUUUAAUGACUCUACCAGAGGAGACAAUCCUGGAAAUGCUAGUAAAGGUCACCAAUUUAGAGUAUGAUUUGGAAGAAAUGACAAAGGAGGCUGAAUAUCUAAAGGGGACAAGGAACAUCCAGGUGGCUGUAUGCAAACUUUCAAAAAUGCCCUGGGAGAAGACUUUGAAUAAGUUUUGGACUAAUGAGGAUGAGGCAGAGGAAGAGCUCAGGCAGUUUAUAGGAUGUGAAAUGAGAUGUCCUUGGAGAGAGGCUGCGACAAUUCACGGAGAGCAAAGAAAAAUACCCAGGGUAGAAAUCAACACCCAUGGUUUUCCAGGUGGAACCCCUGGCAUUUUUGAAGGCCGGGAGAGUGGAAAACACUGUCGACAUAACAGUUUUUAAUGAGGAAAUGGUAAGUAAGAUGGAACAUAUAAUCAUCAUAUAAUGAUAUUGUU